AUGGUCCACAAUACUUCCAGUCGCGACAAUGCGUCGCCAUCGACUCAGAACAAUGGCCGCCGUCUGCGGAAUCGCGCCAUCCUCGUCGCUCUCGUCCUUGGAAGCACCUUGCUCGGUAUGGUGAUGCACUCCCAUAUGCCUGCUCAAGUCCAGAAUAUCGAACGCCGAGACGUCUUCGAAGACCUUGACGCGCGAUCGAACUCCCACUUGAAGCAAUGCCCCUCCUUCAAACCUCUCGCAGCUAAACCUCCGGCACCGGUGAACGUCUGGGCACCUCUGUCUGUCGAGGAGAUCAGCGACGUCUACAAAUAUCUCAAAUCGCCCUCGAGAUCUUUGAACUUAACUUUGAAGGGCGCUACUCCCAGCGACAACAGCGUCUUCCUCAUCGAAGCCCUUCGUCCUGCGAAAGCUGACGCUCUCAAAUACCUGGCGAAACCGAAUCACGUCAAAGCUCCAGACAGAUAUGCUCGAGUUGUUCUGCAUCACGGCGCGCAAGAGCGCCCUGUAGUCAAAGACUAUAUUAUUGGCCCGUUGCCCAUCAGCAAACGAACUACCAUGAAGGAACGGACUGGCGUAUAUCAUCGCGACGACAUUCCCUAUGAAGCCCGCGUCAUUAGCUACGGUGCAGAACUCGGUGCUAUGACGACGCAGCUCAUGCCACCUCUUGCUGAGGCCAUGCAGGCUCUUUUGGGUGGUGUUGGUGUUGGACUGGCGAACGAUACUAUCACAGCUGAAAUCAAUGGACCAUGGAGUAUCGAUGGCUCUUUCCGUCGUGCUUGGCUCUUCUGGAAACGUUCCGUACCAGGCCAAUUCAUGUUCCCAUUAAACUUGUUUAUGUAUGUCGAUAUGUCUGGAACCGACGUUUCGCAGUGGAAGACCCUGAAGAUUAUCUAUGAGGGGCGAUCCUUCACUUCGACAGAAGCCUUCCUUGAGGCCUUCCGCAAUGGCGAGCUCAAACCGCAACCUAAGGAAGUGACUGAUGGUCCUACCUCUUGGGGAACUCGCGCCCGGCCUCAUCCGGACCUGAAGCUCGACUUGGACCACCUGCCAGGACCCCGUACUGUGCCUUUUGCUGGGUUGCGUUUCCGUGUCGAUGAGAAGCGUAGAUACAUCAGCUGGAUGGGAUGGGGGAUGUACCUUGGAUUCGACAGAGAGAUGGGCAUGAGUCUUUGGGACAUUCGCUUCCGCAACGAGAGAAUCAUCUACGAGCUCUCCCCCCAAGACGCCCUUGCGCAAUACUCUGGCGCAAAUCCAUUCUCGGCAUCUACUGCAUGGCUUGAUCGAUGGUAUGGCAUGGGUCAAACUGUGCGACCUCUCAUGCCUCUGUACGAUUGCCCUGCUGGAUCGGUCUACUUGCCUGCAACUAUCUUCGAUGGCGAAGGCGUCACGAAAGUGACACCGAGAGCCACUUGUAUAUUCGAAAUGGACACAAAUCGCCCCAUCACGCGGCACGCUGGCUGGGGUGUUGGUGAUUGGGGUGCAGUGAAGGGCUACGUCUUGGUGGUUCGUUCUAUCUCCACUGUUGGAAACUACGACUAUUGUCAACAGUGGGAUUAUACCUUCGGAUUGGACGGUUCUAUCGAAGUGCGGGUCUCUGCUUCGGGAUACGUACAAGCCUCGCCGCCUACGCCCGAGGAAGAACCAUACUCUGGGAAGAUAUUCCGUACCUCGAGGGGAGCCCUCCAUGACCACGUCGUCAACUUCAAGGUCGAUCUAGACAUUCUUGGUACUGCUAACUCCUUCCUCAAGACUUCGAUGGCUCAAGAGGAGGUCACUCAGCCGUGGUUCGACGAUGAGUGGGGUACCACUGGCAUCCAACAAAGAGUAUCGCGAGACUAUAUUCAAACCGAGGCUGAUUCCCGAGUCAACUACCCGGCAAACUUCCAAGGAGGUUAUUCCAUCGUUAACAAGGACAAGCACAACGACUUCGGUACAGUACGAGGAUACACGAUAAUGGCCGGGCCCAAUCCUAUCCACGCGGCCGUCACUGGAUCUCCACGAGCACUCCGCAAUGCGAACUGGGCCGGCCACAACAUAGCAGUCACUAAGCACAAGGACAACGAGCACUCCUCCAGCUCAAUGUGGAACCAACAUCUUCCUGGAAACCCCACAAUUAACUUCGACAACUUCUUUGACGGAGACAGUCUUGACCAGGAGGAUCUUGUCGCCUGGAUCAACGUCGGAACCCAUCACCUUCCUCAAGCCGAGGAUGCACCACACGUUAGGACUACGACUGCAACAACCAGCUUCACAAUCGCGCCUCACAAUUACUUCGACUCUGAUCCCUCCUUGGACUCGCUGAACGCUAUCAUCAUCAAUCAAUCGGGCGAUCCCAAAAAUCCCCUAAUAUAUGAGGAUUAUGGUGUCGACCAAUCCAUGACUUGCAUUCCCGAGAAGCCAAAGCCGUUCGAGUAUACCAAUCCUCAGGAGUACGACGCAGAUAGCAAAGCCGAGCUUCGUAGAUCCUUCUUCGAGAAGCGAGGUGGAUUUGCCGCAGGAAGGGGCGACCUAUAA